AUGGCCAAAACAAAUGGCCCAUCGCUGUUUCGUCUGGGUAUCAUAAUCACGUUGGCAGGUGUCAUCUCUCUUGGAAUUAUGUUUUUCUGGUUCUCACCUUCAAAAAACUGUCCACUUCCAGUUUUUAUACCAGAUCGAAAUUCAGAAAUUAACUUUGCCAAGAGCAACAACUCAGUAACUGAAAAUGCAGAGGAGAAACCUAUAGUUCUGUUAUGGGUUUGGCCUGAAAAUGACAGGUUUGAGUUCGGUGACUGCAUAAAGUUUUGCGAUAUUGAUAAUUGUCAUCUGACGGAUGAUAGAGCUCUCUACAACGAUGCAGAUGAUGUCAUCGUUUUUCAUAAAGCCAUCAACUGGGAUCUGUCCAACCUUCCUCCAUCUCCUCGUCCUCCGUUCCAGAGGUGGAUUUGGUUACAUUUGGAAUCUCCAACCAACACCAAAAGGAUACCAGGUCUGGAAAACCUGUUCAAUCUCACUCUCAGCUACAGACAGGAUGCUGAUAUUCCUGUACGGAUGCGCUUGAUGACCAGGAAGAAACCUAAUGAGGAUUUUGUGAUUCCUAAAAAGGACAAACUGGUGUGUUGGAUUGUGAGUAACAAUGAUCCCUCAACUGGUGUCGACACAAGGAACGUUUUCUACAGAGAAUUCAGGAAAUACAUACAAGUGACUUUGUUCGGAAAAGCCUAUGCAAAGUUCCUGGAUUAUAAUGAUUACUAUCCAACCAUGGCAAGCUGCAAAUUUUACCUUGCUUUUGAAAACUCCAUUCACAAAGACUACAUCACUGAGAAGAUAAACGGGCCACUCGCUGUGGGAACCGUCCCUGUGGUGUUGGGUCCUCCGAGAAGAAACUAUGAGAACUUUGUUCCUGCCGAGUCCUUCAUUCAUGUCAAUGACUUCCCAGAUGCAAAGUCACUAGCUGAAUAUCUGCUUCAGCUGGACAAGGAUGAAGAUGCAUAUCACAAGUACUUUAACUGGAGGAAACAUCUCACUCCAAGUCCUCCCUUGAUAUUCCAGACACAAGAGUUUAAUCUGGCUAUAUGCACUGCUUGUGACCAUGUAGCACGACACAGGGAAUAUAAAGAAGCUCAUGAUCUCUAUGAGUGGUACUUCAAUUAAAGUUACCCCAGGUUUUCUUAUACAUUAUCAGUUACAAUGUUUAUGAAAUAGAUUGUAUUUUAUAUGAUCUGUUAAUUAUGGUAUUAGAUUUUGUAACUGUUUUGGUAAAUCAUUGCUUAUGAAUUACUUAGUAAUUAAGUGAAGAUGCUUUUGUUUUAAUUUAUAGCCUACUCAAGCUCCCUUCCCAUAAACAGUCACGGAUAAAAAAUUUAAAUGCAUGCAAAAGUAUAUUGCACAAGAUUUACAAAUAAAAGCAAUGUUUUCAGAAUAGCAAACAAUGGUCACGGAUUGAAAAAUAAUACAAGUAAAUAAAAUAAAAAAUUAUAACGCAUUUUUUAAAAUAAUAAGCAUGGAUCAAAACUUUAAAUACGUUUAAAAUUAUAUUGCACAAAAUUGAAAUAUUAAUGCGAAUACUGUCUGACUUGCGCACAAAAUCAUGUUUGCCUUGGUCUCUUUUUUCCUCCUCUCAAACAUUUUCUGCUCAUGUUUUAAUUUUUGUUUGCUUAUGCUAAUUUGCCCUUCUGCUUUUGUUUGUUCUGCUUUUCCAAAUAUUGCGGUUAGAGUUCAUGUAAAUGAGGGCGGUUUUAAGCGACAUCAUUGGUCCAUUAGUUCUAGAUUGACAGCUCCGCUGCUGUUGUGGGCGUGUCGUCAGUUAAGAAUGACGUGAAUGAUCAAAGUGAAUCUUGUAUUGGUGGAUUACUUUAACUGAUCGACGUAGGGAAAUUUAUUCUGAAUUUAACCCACCCCCAAUGUUGAAAUUGUUGAUAAGCUGUUAGUUGGAAGCCUGUGCGCACUGUGCGGCAUAACAUGCAAAUUAUAUGCAUAUGGCUGCAUUAGCUGUUAGAUAUGUAAGAUAAAUGUGUAAGAGUAUGUGUACAGUUGUUUACUGAAAGCCGUGACUGAAAUUUUUUUUAUUUAUAUAGGCUAUAGU